AUGUCAAAUAUCGCUACUUCCUCUGGUGACAAAACCAACCAAAUAUGGGGUAGACUGGAGGUGGCCCGGAAAUCGAAACGCCUUGGUUUUCUCAUGACACUUAAUGACAUGGGGAGGCUACGACAGAUAAUGACUAUCUUAGAAAUUAAUCAAGAGGCGCUUUCGCCACGUGCAAAAAAAUCUGAAGUGGUUGAACACUACAAGAAAUUUGCUGCACCAAUGGUUGAUAGUUUUGUUCUUUCCCUCAAUCAAAACUCGACUUCACGAUCUUCGCCACCUGGGACUUCCCAAUCGAAACAAGAAGGUACUUCCAAAUCCAAACAAGUUGAACUAGAUAUUAACAAAGAUGUCGAGAUGAACAUUGCAAACAAAUCACCACCAAAGUGCUCAAAGGUGGUGGUUACCAGCUCCAACUCCACUCCAACCUCUUCGACUGAGGAUUUACGAACCCCUGUUCCAGGUAGACGGCCGAAUUCAAAGGUGGAAGAGCUGCGUGAAGGUCUCAAAAAGAGAGUGAACAAGCUGGUCUCUUGA